ACUUCCGUACAAACGUGCUCUUGGAGCGUCUCUGAGCGACCUCGCCCAACUUCUGGCACUACUAAAUUUUCAGCACGCAGGGCGUGCGCUCGCUAGAGUCACAAAUGGCAUCAGCAGCAAACGCAGUCGUGAAGAAGGAGUACCAGUUAGAAGCAGGGCCGAAGCUUAUCAUUUGCAAGGGCAGCAUUCCAGACUGGCCGAAAAUGCAAGCGGAGCGAGGGGCGGACCAGGUUCGGCCUAUUGCAGUUGUUAACGCAGCUAACCAACGGCUUUGUGGAGGUGGUGGCGUGGAUGGAAUGAUUCAUGCCAAGGCGGGGCCAGACCUCGCCAAGGAGUGUCUGGGCAAGCCGGAAGUGCGGCCGGGCAUCCGCUGUCCUACGGGAGAGGCGGUGGUGACAAAGGGCUACAACUUCAACACCGAGUACAUCAUCCACACCUGCGGCCCUGUGUACGCCAAGGAGCGUGAGAUGGAGUGCAAACGCGACCUGACCAACGCAUACCGCAACAGCCUCACCAAGGCGCAGGAGCUGGGGGUGCGCUGCGUGGCGUUCGCCGCCAUCUCCACCGGAGUGUACGCGUACCCCUUCAAGGACGCCACAGAGGUGUCGCUGGAGGUGUUGCAGUUCGCUCAGCCGCCCCUGGAGGAGGUGUGGGUGGUGCUGUUCACACAAGGCGACUUUGACACCGCGACGGGCAUUGCCGAGCAGACGCUGCGGUUGCCGCCCUUCAACGGCGGCGGCGGCGGCGGCACCACCAAGCUGCAGCUGGAGCCCUCUAGCAUUGGCGGCGGCAUCCACAGCCAGGCUUCGAUCAUAUCACACGAGCUCCUAGCCAAGUUCGCGCCGGCCGGCAUGGCCCGGUGACGGGGCCCCGAGCAUGGGGGGCCUGACCCAGCCGCCA